AUGAUACUGACUUUCGUGUGUGCGCCUGCGCUCUCCCAGCACUUCCCUGGCAACAGAGACUGCGCACUGACGCUACCCGGACCUGGGAGACCCGGUUUCAACGGUAUUGAGUUCCGCCUCUCUCGCGAUGACGUGGUAUUGGGUCUUCCCCGUAUCAACACUUUGAGGACCCACAUCGCAGAUUUCUGUCCUCGAUCACAUCGUACCGACCGACGCUGUAAAGUGACGCGUUAUCGCCGUCACGACGGCGACUGCAACAAUCUCCAGCACCCCACAUGGGGCUCCGCACUUCUCCCUUUCAAAAGACUCUUACCACCCGUAUAUGCAGAUGGUAUAAGCGAGCUACGCGCGGACCGCCAAGGGUUUCCUCUGCCUAAUCCUCGUGUGGUGUCAGCCCACGUUCACAGGGACGAGGGGCCACAUGAGCACGCCGUGACCCUGAUGUUCGCAGCUUGGGGUCAGCUAAUGGACCAUGAUCUCACCUUCACUGCGGAGACCAAAGACCCUAGUGACCUUCGAGAGCCGAAUUGCUGCGGAUCUGGAAGACCUCUCCAUCCCAACUGCCUGCCGGUGCCCCUGCCCCCGGAAGACCAUUUCUACCGCCUCCACAGACAGACGUGUAUGAACAUGCUGCGAUCUCUGGCAGGCGUCAGGCCCGACUGCCGUCUGGGACUCCUUCCACAGGUGUGGCACCAGAUCAUUUAG